AUGAAGAGCCCAUCGCUGCUGCCUCUGCUGCUGCUAACCACCUGCACCUUCAGGGCACAGGGGAAGAGACGACAAGUCUAUUUCCGGGAGGAGUUCGAAGAUGGGGAUGGAUGGACAAAACGGUGGGUACAAUCUAAACAUCAGUCAGAUUACGGUAAAUUCCAGCUGUCGUCGGGGAAAUUUUAUCAAGAUAAAGAGAGAGAUAAAGGUCUCCAGACCACAGAAGAUGCCAAGUUCUAUGCCCUUUCCACCAGGUUUAAGCCAUUCAGCAAUGAGAAUGAGACCUUGGUGGUUCAGUUUUCAGUAAAACAUGAGCAAGGCAUCGAUUGCGGUGGUGGGUAUGUGAAACUCUUUCCUGCCACACUGAACCAGGAGGAUAUGCACUCAGAAUCCGAGUAUUACAUCAUGUUUGGCCCGGACAUCUGUGGCUUUGGCAACAACAGACUACAGGUCAUCCUUUAUCACAAAGGGAAAUACCAUGAGAACAACAAGACCCUCAAGUGCAGGAUCAAUAAAGACACUCACCUGUACACACUGAUCCUUCGCCCUAAUGCUACUUAUGAGGUUAAAAUUGACAACGAGAAGGUGACAAGUGGAGGACUGGAAGAUGACUGGGAGUUCUUGCCUCCCAAGAAAAUAAAAGACCCCUACGCCAGAAAACCAAGGAAAUGGGAUGAACGGCUACAGAUAGAGGAUCCUGAAGAUAAGAAACCUGAGGACUGGGAGGACUCUGAAUUCAUCCCAGACCCAGAUGCCAAGAAGCCGGAUGACUGGAAUGAGGCGAUGGAUGGAGUGUGGGAAGGGCCCCUGAUACCAAACGUCAAGUACAAGGGAGAAUGGAAACCUCGGAUCAUUGACAAUCCCAAUUACCAGGGGGAGUGGAUUCACCCAGAGAUAGACAACCCCAAAUACAGGCCUGACCCCACCAUUUGUCACUAUCAUAAUAUCAGUGUCCUUGGCCUGGAGCUUUGGCAGGUGAAAUCAGGCAGCAUCUUUGACAAUUUCCUUCUGACAAAUGAUGAAGAGUUUGCUGAAGAGGUUGGAAAUAUGACCUGGGGAUUAAGAAAGGAUGUGGAGCAGCAGUGGAGAGAACUGUAUGAGGAAAUGGAGAAACAGAAGGAGGCAGAGGAGGCCAAGAAGAAGAGGGAAAAGCAGCGAGCCAGGCAAGAGGACAUCUGGGGACUAGAUGAGGAGGACGAGGAGGACAAUGAAGAGGACGCUGAGGAGGAAGCAGAGGAAAGGCCCAAGCAGGAAGGUAGUGCCGCGAGAGCAUCUCUGGAUCAAAAGGAAGCCCAUUUUGAUCAGAAGGAUGAACUGUAA